GAAGACGGACGGCUGGGGAACGGCAGCCCUGGGACUGUGAAUUAGGCCGUAAACCGCUGUGUUUUUAUUUCCAAAACCUUAUACCGACAAAUUUUAAACAAGAGUGUUCUGCGUUUUAGAUGUUUCCGUGCUUUUUUUAAAUGUUUUUUGGGGUUCUUGCUUGAUAUUUGCGGUGUAUGUUUCCCCCCACUGCGCUCAUAAUGGCGAGCUCGGCUAACUCGAACCUAGUGCCUAAACUGUAUAGAUCAGUGAUGGAGGAUGUGAUCAGUGAAGUCCGGGAGCUCUUUCUGGACGAGGGAGUGGACGAACAGGUCCUGAUGGAGCUGAAAACGCUGUGGGAGAAUAAGUUGAUGCAGUCCAAGGCGGUGGAUGGGUUCCACACAGAGGAGCAGGCUCUGCAAGCUCAACAGCAACAGGCCCAACAAGCUCAGCAGAUGCAGUCGCAGACCCAACCACAGCAAGUCCUCCUGCCUCCAGCGCAGCAGGCCACUCAUCAGCAGGUCAUUGUUCAGGAAUCUAAGCAUCUCCAGCACAUGAGCGCAACUGGAAUGAGUGCAGCAGCCACAGCAGCAACUUUAGCAUUACCCACGGGUGUAGGACCAAUUCAGCAAAUUAUAACUCAGAAUGGUCAGAUCCUGCAGCUGGUCCGAGCUGCCAAUGGAGCUCAAUACAUCAUUCAGCCGCAGCAGCAAAUGUUGUUGCAGCAGCAAGUCCUGCCACAGAUGCAGCCUGGUGGUGUACAGGCCCCCGUCAUACAGCAGGUGUUGACACCUCUUCAGGGAGGUAUUUCUCAGCAGGCUGGAGUCAUCAUACAACCACAGCAGAUUGUCCUCACAGGAAACAAAGUACAGCAGAACCCUCAGGUCAUGCAGGCAGCAGCCAUGGCUGCGCAGCCUGGACAGGCAGCUGCGCAGGUGCAGGCUCAACCACAACAACAGCCACCACAACAACAGCCACCGCAACAGCAGGCCUCUCAGCAACCGCCUAUGAUGCUCCAGGUGGACGGUGCUGGAGACACAUCCUCAGACGAAGAUGAAGAGGAGGAGGAUGAGUAUGAUGAGGACGAGGAUGAAGACAAGGAGAAAGAUGGUGGAGAGGAUGGACAGGUGGAAGAGGAGCCGUUAAAUAGUGGCGAUGAUGUCAGUGAUGAGGAAGACCAGGAGCUUUUUGACACAGAGAAUGUGGUGGUUUGCCAGUAUGACAAGAUUCACAGAAGUAAGAACAAAUGGAAAUUUCACCUGAAGGAUGGGAUAAUGAAUCUGAACGGGCGAGAUUUUGUGUUCUCCAAAGCCAUUGGAGAUGCCGAGUGGUAAAGGAGGAAAAAGAACAUGACCCAAAACUGUCUACUCUUUAAGGCAAGACACAUCAAGACCUGAAACUGUACAUUUCAGGAGAUUCCCACUUCAGGCACUGAAGACUAACAUCCCAGAGCUACUGUGCUGUUUUGAGUGAUUGCUGCACUAAAAAUAAUGUGUGCCAUCCACUUGUUCAAGAGAUUUUUGUUUUUAAAGUUGGCCCUUUUACCUGGAUAAUUCACAGGGGUCUUUACCCUCUUAUUUAGAACAAUAUACUUCCCCAUAAGAAAAUGAUUAGGCGCAGGGAGCCAGUUUUAGCGCCUGGCGCUAACUUAGUCAACUCUGGUGUGUUAAGAUGGCCUUUUUGCUGCGAAUUUAAGUGUCCGUUGGUGAUUUAUGUAGCUAGGUCAAUCAUCUGAAUCCUGUUUAAAGUGAAUCGUCCAACAUAAGGACCAUUAAUUACAUCACUAUUUUUCACCUUAGACAAAUGUUAAUACCAACUAAAACAAGCAACCAAGAACUGUGUUCCAGUCAUUUUCAUUUUCAAAAAUGUUUUUAGACAUUUGUAUGUUUAACAGCAAAGAUACCAAUGAACAGGCAAGAUAAGUGUAAUGUUGUCAUGCUCACUCAGUUCACGUGUGUUUUUACAUCUAUUGUUGAUUUUUUUUUUUUUCUAACUCUGGCUAAUAAUUUGCUCUUUCAGUGUGAUGCAUGUUUGGGCAGUGCAUCACAGAGCUUGCGUUGUCCUAUAUCCUGUGUGUGUGUGCAAUUACUGCGUUAGGUGUCAAUGAAGUGCUUCGUCAGGCCACCCUUUCCACUUUAAUUAUGGUCAGGCUUAACAUUUUACAUGUUUGUAGUUUGUUAGUAUUUAUUCCUGAAGCUCAGGCCGCGUCAUGUUUUGGGGGGAUGAAACCGAACUGUGCUCUUAUGAAAGAAGUGCUCCUUUCAGUCUGUUUUCUGCUGAGGAGGAUUUCAUCACAUGCUGGUCCAACACCGUGAUCCAUUCUGUGCAUUGAGCUUUGUUAGAUUUUGUUUUUGUCCCUCCAUGUUUAGUUUAGUAGUGUUUGGUCUGACUUUUUAAACUGUGCCGUCACAGUCUGUGACAUGAUGGAUUUUGUUCUUCUGUUUCUGUAUGUGUGUUCAAAAUAUGUUCAUGCUAAAGAUUGUUCAUCUAGAUCAGACAGCUCGUCACCUUGGAAUAGUGUUAGUUUAUUUUUGGGGGAAGUUUUUCUUUUUUCCGAAACAACAUUUUAUUGUAGUUCAUUAUUACGCUCCUUGUUUUUGUGCCUUUUUUAAAUUUAUUUGAGAUAUCAGGUCUUUGUCUAAAAGGGGGGAGAGCCUUUUAACAAGAAAUCCUACAAACUGUACAUUUCGCUUUGCUUUUCUAAUGGCAAGUAAACCAAUACUUCUGAACAACUGUCUGGGUUAAGUGAGGGAAGUGAGUGUUCAUGGAUUCAUAUACUGUUUUACCAAUCAAACUGCUCUUUGUCUCUGAUUCUCAGCUUUAUGAAGGCUGUUAUGUAAGUAGAGAUCUUUAGUAUUUUGUUAAGAAACAUUGAGGAGUUUUUGUUUUUUGCCUUUGCUGAACUUUAUUAAAGCACUAUUAAAUUGACUUGUUCUU